GCGCGCCGUGACGCAACGUGCCGUGACGCUCCUCGCGGCGCACGGAAGCGUCUGCGGAGCGGCUCGCCGUGGGCACUUCAGCUGAACGGCGGCCGAAGUCCGGGAGCUCUUGCAGAGGCGGGAGGGGUACGGGCCGAGCGGGCUUAACCUCUUCCGCGCCGUGGCCGCGCGGGCGGCGCUUAUGGCAGCUUCGCCUCGCCGCUGGGCAGCCGCUCGCGCCGGAGGAGCCCGGUCUCGGUUCCUGUGGGAGGCUCCCGGCUCGUUUCGGGGCUCCCUAUGAGUCAGGGAGCGAUGCCCCAGCCCGGGGGGUGGCCGGGGGCAGGCGGCCCCGAGGGGCCUGACUUGGAGGCAGAGCCCGCCCUUCUAGGCCGUGGGAAAGCGGCGGAGAGGAAGGACUCGCCGGCGGGGCCGGCCGCACCGGGGGACCCGAGCUCCGGCCGCGUCCGGGGCUACUCGGGAGAGCAGGAGGAGGACAUGUAUCGUGCUGAAGAUGAAAUAGAAAAGGAGAAAGAAUUACUGGUACGUGAAAGAGGGUUAUCAGAGCCCAAGUUAAGUGUGGCCCCUGAAAUGGACAUCAUGGACUAUUGCAAAAAAGAGUGGAGAGGAAAUACUCAAAUGGCAAAACGGAUGAAAAAGGGCUAUGAAGAAGUUUCUCAGAAAUUUACCUCUAUAAGGAGAGUCCGAGGUGAUAAUUACUGUGCUCUCAGGGCAACCUUGUUCCAGGCAAUGAGCCAAUCAACUGAUCUUCCUGUCUGGCUCAAGAAUCAGGAUAUAAUGCUGUUGCCAGAGGAACUAAUAAGCAGAUAUAACUGGAUAAAGCAGUGGAAGCUUGGACUGAAAUUUGAUGGGAAGGGAGAGGACCUGGGAGAUAAAAUUAAAGAAUCCUUAGCUCUACUAAGGAAGAAGUGGGCAGGUUUGACAGCAAUGAGAACUGCAGAAGAGAGGCAGAUGGCUUGUGAUGAGCUUUUCCGAAAUGAAGAGGAAGAAUAUAGCCUCUAUGAAGCUGUGAAAUUUCUGAUGCUGAGCAAGGCCAUUCAACUAUACAAUGAUAAAGAGAAGGGAAAGGAAGUGCCAUUCUUCUCUGUGCUUCUGUUUGCUCGGGACACCUCAGGAGACCCUGCUCAGCUGCUGAGGAAUCACUUGAAUCAAGUGGGCCACUCUGGCGGCCUUGAGCAGGUUGAAAUGUUUCUUCUUGCCUAUGCAGUGCAUCAUACCAUACAAGUUUAUCGACUAUCUAAGUACAACACUGAGGAAUUCAUCACGUCUUAUCCUACAGAUCCACCCAAGGACUGGCCUGUGGUGACUCUGAUUGCUGAGGAUGACAGGCAUUAUAAUAUUCCUGUCAGAGUGUGUGAGGAGACAAGGUUGUGAUAAAGAGAUCAAAAGAGAGAGAAACCUGUUAGGCAUGUGGCUUGAAAUAUGGCUUAGAGUGGUCUAAGAGACAUCUUCAUCCUCUUUGAGCUGAAUUCAGCAUCUCACUGGGGUGUCCUAAAGCCUAAAUGUUUGCUAUCAGGAUUAACAUUGUAUAUAAGCUUUUUUUUCCUUCUUCCUCCAAGGCAAUAAAUUUCAGAGGCCUUCAGAAUAAUGCACCUGUUUGGAAGGUGUAAGAUACAUGUCCUCAAUAAAGCAAAAUAUUCUGUAUUGUGCCAUCAUGGGGCUGAUUUGGGAGAAUCCCAAAGUCAAAUCCACCUGUCAUGAUAAAUUGGUAAUUUGAUUUUUAAAGAGAGAGUAAACAAUUUUCCUCUAGUAAUGAGUCUUUGAAGUAACCUGUCUAUGCAACACAUUUGUUGGGAUGUUGGAAGUAAGUCUCUAUCUGCCUAGUCUUGUUAUACCUCUGGUUUUUUCUUCUGCAUAAUGCAGAGGGAAUAAAAUUGGGCUGAAAUAUUUCUUAAAGGUAUUUUGAAACAAUCUGUAACAGGAGAGGCAGCAUGGCAUAAGGAAUAGAGUUGAUCUCAAAGUCAGGAAGACUCAGAUUCAAGUCUUGCCUAUGACACAUACUGAUUGUGUGACUGAACGAGUCAUUUAACAUCUCAGUUCCCCAGGGAUCUCUCCAAGACUCUUAAGUUAAUGAUGAGUUGCUGAUCUAUGUUGGUAGUGGAAUCUUCACUAGAAGUUUUCCACGAUGAUGAAAUCUCAGUUCUGGACCAAAAAAAAAAUCUCCAGCAUAGAAGUUUAAGGACUGGGUCCAAAUGGGAAUGUUAAAAGCAUUUUAGAAAGCUCUGUUGAGUGAGGGAACAUCGUAGAAUUGUUACUAGGAUAUAUAACCUCUUUCUUUGGGGUGAUUGCUCAUUCUAAGUAGGCUCAAAUACAUCAGUCAGCAAGCAUUCAUUUAUAUACUCUGUUCCAGGCACUGUGUUAAGUGCUGAUGAUACAGAAAGUCAAAAACGUGGUCCUAUGAAGGAGAUAAUGUACAAAUAAUGUACAUGCCAAAUACAUACAGUGCAAAUGGAAGUUAAUCUCAGAAAGAAGGCACUAGUAUGUCACCUUAAUUUAGGUGCUGUGUGGCCAUAGAAAGAACACAAGUAAGAGAACCUGGGGUCAGGUCUCAGCUCUGACUUUCAAACUGUGGGAUUUUGGGUUAAUCACCUAACUUAACCUGCCCAUCUUCAGUUUCCUUCUCUGUAAACUGAGGGAUUUAGAUUAGAUGCUCUCUGAGAUCCCUUCCCAGCUCUACAUCGGUCACCCUAAAUGUAACCUUGGUCAAAUCUUUAACCUCAGUUUUCCCAUUUUAAAAGGAGAGUUGAACUAGUGAUCUUUUAAGAUCUUUCUCAGCUUGAUUUUGUUAUUACAGGUGCUCCUUUAAUUGAAGUAUCACCAAUGGUGGCAUUCUCUCCCCUCAACAUAUCUCAUAUUGGGAGCUUCUGCUGCCAAUAUUUUCUUUCCUUUGGAUGAGGGGUAAAGAGGGUAAAUAUCAGAUCAAUUUUCAAAGCCGACAGGCUAAAAUUUUGCUUAGGAAUAGUUAUGUACUACUUUUAUAUUCAUUUUAAAAAUAGAGGAAAUGUCAUGUAGCAACACCUGGUGAGCUGGGCAAGUUUGUAGAUUUCCUGAUGAUGUCAUUUAGAUUAGUUUAAUUGGAAGCAUGACAGACCAUCUCAGAUUAUAAAUGACAAAUAACAGUGGCCAUUUGUACAAUCCCAGAAUGAAGACAUUAAGUUAGAAAACCUCUCUGUGUGAUCUUGAACUGUCUGCAUUAGGGUGUUCAUCAGAGGAAUGAGAGAAUCCACUAUACUUUUGUGGCUAUAUCAACACAGUACAAAUGAAUGUAAUGGCCCAGCAUUAAUGUGAUUGGGGGAAGAAUUGGGAUUCACUUUCCUCUCAUAAUAAUUAAGUGUAGAUAAGUAUUUUGGUUUGGGAUGAACCCUUUUGAUGGUGGAGGGGUUGGUUUAAAUAUAAUAUUUAAUACAAGUAUAUACGAUACUUAACAAUUUGAGGUCGUUGGUUAAGGAGAGAACUCUAAAUAUGUUAACUAUGCAAGCUCUACCGUAUGACUUUGGUCUGCUUAGAUGUUUCCUACUGCACUGCAGUCAGUGCGUGAUUUCUCUACCAUGUUUACUUUAUAGCUAAGAGCCUUUAAGUCCAGUUCUGUUUUCUUAGAGGAUGUCAACAUCUCCCAUUGAAUUGGACUGAGCUGCAGAGGCUGGGACCAGAUGUGUAGAUUUUUCCUCUCACUCAGUAUAUAGUGGUGUUGUGAAUGAAAGAUGCUCCUGAAAGCCUUAUGAGAGCAGUAAUAAUGAAUUCUUGGUUUUGAUUCCCUUAGUGUUUUUAUCUUAUCUGUACAAAAGAAUUCUUAAUAUACCCCUCUAUCAGGAACUCUAAUAGGUAGCAAGGAUGUAAGACACUCGGGCCUGAUGUAUCUUGACAUACUGGGUCAGAUCCUCUGGUAGCUUCUGGCAAUGACGUUGAAUAUUCUGAACCCAUGCACUUCUUUUUUUCUCCAAAUACCAGACUUGAUGUUUGAACUGGAGCCGCCGGAUUUGACUGCUGUAAUUGUUUGGCCUCCUCUCCCCCUGCACCUCUCUAAUGUUCUUGUGUAUAUGUUGAAAAUUGCAAUAAUGAAUGCAAAAAUCACAUGGAAAUUCAAAAGGAUAAAUCUUAUGCUCUUCCACAUACUUUUGGCUGGCUACCGUCCCAGACACUUGUAAAUUUCAUCUGUCACUUCAUCACUUGGGAUAAGUAGGAGGGAUAAGUAAGAAGAGGAUAAGACAGAAGAUGCUUGUCAAGAGAAUAAUGUUUUAAGGGAAUACUGGGUAAAUAAUUUCUUUCCUUAUUGAAAUGUGUAUUUGGUGAUUGCCCAUAUUCUUAUACUCUUUUUCACUCAUAGCUGAUCUUUUUUCCUUUGGGGAGGAGGGAGAGCAAGUUUUAUGAUUAGUUGAGUAACAAUAACAUAGUAGAAAUUGAAUGAAGACCCAGAUACACUCAGAAAGUGUAUCAACUUACAGUGAAAUGGUCACCGUUCUGAAAGGAACAGAUGGUGGGAACUCUCAACACACUGACUUAAUACCCAGAGCUGACUGCACACGGUCAGAAGUAUUCAUAUGAGCAAUUGAGUUGCUGAAAGAAUCCCUGUACCUUGUACUAGGAUGUCACAGGCAUUCUGUCUCACUGUAAAAUACAUUUAAAUCAAACAGCCAAUUGGUUCCUAAUGUGCCCUGAUGAUGACCUUUGUAUCAGCAUGUUUCCUUUUCCCCUCCUCAUCUCUUACGCUGUUCCGUGUUGACCAUCCACUAGUUUCACUCAUACACAAAGAAGAACAAUACGGCACAGAUGAUAGUGAGAAGCUGCUGCCGUGUAAUUUCUGUGUGUUAUCAACCUCAGGCAUCUAGGAUAUCAGUACAAAAUAAUGCUUUGAAGUUCAUCCAUUGGAGAACCAAUGCUGAUUUGCAUGUAAUAUCUAGAUAUGCUUUUGAAAUUGGAUUAAUCUUGUUUCUCUAAACUAUGACUGUUGAAACCUUUCUCACAGUACUCUUUAUGUUCAUUUUAUGACUGACAUUUUUACAUUAUCAAGGCAUGUGCUUUGGGAUCCUUUUAUUCCUCCCACAUGCUUUAUAGCUUAGCAGGUAAAAUCUCAGGCCCCAUGUCUCAUAGGAAAACUAACUAUACUGUGGGAAUAAACAGUGUUUAUAAUCUUCUGUGCUGGCUACAUUUUUUAAGGGCUUUGUGGUUCCCUUAGCUAAAAAGGUGCUAUUUUUUUUAGCAGAUGUAUUACUGUUCCAAAUCUUGUACAUGUUAAUAAUAUUAGUGAAUUUCUGUGUUUCACCUGCAUUUAAAGCCUAAACAUCAUCUUAUAUUAAACUUAUACAUACAGGCGUUA